AUGAGACUAGACGUUGAGCUAAGUAGCACCCAGGCUAACGGAGGUGAUGCUGUCGUCCGAUGUGCUACACUUAUGAGUUCUGCUAAUUCAGAAUCUGGUGGGGGGGAAGGAGAAACAUCGCGGACCGAAGGCAAUCUUAAGGACGAGGAUUUUUUUGAUCUCAAUUCAACGAAAGGCAGCAAAAACUUAAUUACACUUGGCCGUGAUGGAGUAGGGGGUUCACGACCUAGGGAUCUAGGUGUGGCCAAAGCAGAGAAGCUCAAAGAAUGCGACUACUGCUGUUCUUUCAAGGCGGGCUACUUUUGA